AGCGAUCUUGGAGAAAUGUCUCCUAAAACCUGCCUUUUGUACAGAUCACAGCAGAACGAGUCUGCCUGCGCCAGCGGGAGAGCUGCCUGCAUGGAACUGCAGACGCAGUCGGCUGUGGUGGAGUUCAUCAUCGACCACACGGACGUCCUCUUCCGCUCCAAAUCCGGAUCCGACGUCGCAGGUGGAGCAGGGCCCAGUUCUCUCUCAGGGCCCAAGUCUGUGUGGGUGUCUUCUCCUGCCACAGAGCUGCUCACCCUGGAGGAGGCACAGGCCCGGAGGCGAGGCCACAGCAGCUCUCCCGUCGUGACGCAGAGCAGGGACGUAGAAGUGGAAGGGGGCCCCGCAGCUGUGCAGGGCAAAUUCCACACAAUCCUCGACUUUCCCUCCGAAAGACAAAGUCCAGCCGGCAAGAUGAAGGAAUCACCGGCUGGCUCUGGGUGUUCCUGCUUCAGCCUAAGAAAACCAUCCUCUGUGGCCAAACGCCAACUGCAGCGCCGUCCCAGGGAGCCCUCAGAGACACAGGUCGUAGGGUUGGCAGGUGAAUCGAGCCCUUGUCAACCCAUAGGAUCCAGAGCAAGUAGCGAUGGUGCGCUGUGUGCUUCCCUGAAUGGAGAGCUCUUAGGAAGCACGAAUCGCUGCGGUUCCGAUGACAGCCUUCCGCAGACCAACAGCGAUGGAGAGAAGGAGCUCAUCCAAGUUCAUGCCCUCAUUUCUCCCGGCUCUGCUGAAGAUGCUGACCCGAGCCAGCCAGCCAGCGCAGUCACCAGCCUGGACCGUGACCCAGCGCCGCUGCAGUGCAGCCCAGCCCCAGCACAACCCGGGUGCCCCGACAGCAGCGCCUCCAUGGGGGAGCAGGUCAGCAUCAGGGAGGAGAAGCCGAGCCUCGUGGAGGGGGACUUAGAAUCAGGCCUCCAGCCCCAGGCACCGGGCAGCAGCAGUCUGAGCCACUCUCUCCGUGACAAGGGAGGAUGAGUCCCAUCGUUACCUGGGACCUCUCACGCCCUCCAGUCUUUAUAUGAUAAUAAAAGCACGCUGGUGCUCAAUCAACGCCUCGCCUGCCUUCCAAGUCUUCAUUCACAGGGACUGGGAUGCGUGCAGCAGAGAGCAAGGCUCCUCAUCUUGCAAGGCGACGGCUGUGGGGUGCGUGCAGCAGAGCUCCGCGUUUGUUCCCGUUUUGUCUGCAGCGAGAGCUCUGCUACCAUUUGGGAUGGCAGCAAAUACUCUCUAGCGUCCCGGGUGCUGCUCGAGAUAAUCCCGAGCCUCCUGGCUGUGGCUUUGUGAUGCCUUUCAGGGCUUUCUGAUGCAUUUCGAUGCCUCGGCUGCUCCCUAGCAACUCGCUCCUCCAGCCGUGUUCACUCCUGGCUCCCACUUAGGAGCUGGCCGUGCAGAUCAGCCGCAGCCCUGUCAUCAGCGCGCUGAGGCAGGAGGAGCUCACCCUGACCAGCAUCUGCCCCGCCCCCGGCCUCCCGUUGG